GGCGGGGCAGAGAGAGAGAGAGAGAGAGAGAGAGAGAGAGAGAGAGAAUCUCAAGUUGGCUCUUUGCCCAGCACGGAGCCCGACGCGGGGCUUGAUCUCAUAACCAUGAGAUCAUGCCCUAAGCUGAAAUCGAGAGUUGGACGCUUAACUGACUAAGCCACGCGGGUACCUCUGGAUGGCCAGUUAUGAACUGAAGAUCUAUGAGGACCUCCAUACAGUUGUUACUGGGCCGUAGAUUAUGAUUUGGCUCAGCCUGUGCAUGUUGAACCAUGUUUCUGAAUCAAUCGUGAUUUGUCCUGGCUUUUUGUUGUUGUUGCCAGCAGAGUUUACCUGCACCUAUAAGACCUUAGGUAAUUUCAGAAAACAGAAUAGGCAGCUGUUACCCUAACUGUCCUGUGUUGGUAGUGAGAGAGCCAAAGUAAUGCUGUUUCUAAAGUGAAGAGAAGCAGGAGAGACAAGGCCCCAGAUGCUGGCAGACUUUGGGAGUCCAUGUAGGGAUUUGGUAUUGCUUCUAAGGAGAGACGUUCUGGAGCUAAGUGUGACUAAGAUGGUGGUACUCAGGAAGGGCAUAUCCAGGUAUGGAUGUGGUUACAGGAUUCACAUGCCUUUCAGCAAGAUUUCUUACUUUAAAGGGGGUUUUUAUUGUCUGAAAAAAGGGUGACAGCUGGAAUGAGCACAGGCUAAUCUAGGGAGUCCCCAUCCAAUGUGUGUGUAUGAGUGAUUCCAUUUACUCCGGAGCGUGAUCUCCGUGAAUUAAAUGCAUUGGCAGUCAUUCCAAUUUUUGGAGUUCUUUUGGGUUAGAAAUUGUGGUCAUUGUUUUUCAAAAACUCUCCAUAUCAUUAUCCCCACUGGGAGUUACAUUGCUUUACACAUGGAAUCUAAUGUAUCAGGGUCAGAGUCACAAUUACAUUCGUGUGGAUGUGAUUCCAUUGGCUGUUUUAAUUAGAUUUGGUUGAAACAGUUUAAGGAGUAGAUGAUUAACUUAGACUAUAAACCUUUUACUUAUUUGGACUUCAGUAUAUAAAGUUAAAAUAUUGGAAUACUUUAAUCUUUGCCAACAAGUAAUUUUGAAGAGAAAAAUCAUAUUUAGUAUUUAUUAGGGACUAGCAGGUUUUCUAUGUCAAUUAUUUAUUGAAAAUAAUAAAUGUAAAAUGAAAUCACAGCAAUCUUAUUUUGAUUUAGUUUCCUUUAUAUAUUUUUCUUGAUCUAAAAGUCUUAGCUAAGAAAUACAGAGCCUGUAAAUAUGGCUUAUUAGCUUGGAAAAUAAAAAGUAUACAACAGAAGGAAACAGCUGCUUAUAAUUCUGUUACCUUCUGUUACCUACGCAGGCUAUUACAACUUCUUCACCUCAUUUCCCCCUUGGAAAAAUAGAAACAGGAGUGGAAUUUUAUACAUUUACUUCAUGGAAUGAAAGUAUUGAGUAUAUGUCAUUGGGAUAGAUGGGAAGUAAAUACUUUAAUUCUAAUUUUGAAAAAUUCCUAUUUUUAUCUAUAUCCAUUUGAUUUUAUUCAUUUGCUCCUCAGAAAUCAAAUCAUUGGAAUCAGAAUCUUUAAAAUAUUUCAUUUAGAGAGAAAUGAAGAAAUAUUUUAAGUCUAACUUGAAAGAUUUCCAUUUGUUUAAUAUUAUAAAUGGAGGCAUAACAUAAGGAAAUUAUACGUUACGGUCUUAAAAGUUCACCUUUGCUUCUUUCUGUUAUUAGUGGAUGGUCUUUCUUCUUUUCCACCCCCACAGGAAGAGAUGGUUACUGUAUGAUACGGAAUCGUGAAACGUGAUCUUUCUUAAAAAGACUGGAGACCCUCUGAGGGCAAGGACUGUGUGUGCUCGAUUCUGUCUGGCCCCAUGUGUAAUGCCUUGCUGUAUUUGAGGACGGCGCUGUGAGUUGAACUAAGUGGACAUCACCUGCAGUCCCUUCCACAUCUGCCUGGUCUUGAAUAUAAUCAUGGCCAAACCUUAUGAAUUUAACUGGCAAAAGGAAGUUCCUUCCUUUUUGCAAGAAGGAGCCGUUUUUGACAGAUAUGAAGAGGAAUCCUUUGUGUUUGAACCCAACUGCCUCUUCAAAGUGGAUGAAUUUGGCUUCUUUCUGACCUGGAGAAGUGAAGGCAAGGAAGGACAAGUUCUAGAAUGCUCCCUCAUCAACAGUAUUCGAUUGGGAGCCACCCCAAAGGAUCCCAAAAUCCUGGCUGCUCUUGAAGCUGUUGGAAAGUCAGAGAAUGAUCUGGAAGGGCGAAUAGUUUGUGUCUGCAGUGGCACAGAUCUGGUGAACAUCAGUUUCACAUACAUGGUGGCUGAAAAUCCGGAAGUAACUAAGCAAUGGGUAGAAGGACUGAGAUCAAUCAUACACAACUUCAGGGCCAACAAUGUCAGUCCAAUGACCUGCCUCAAAAAACACUGGAUGAAAUUGGCGUUUAUGACCAACACAAAUGGUAAAAUUCCAGUUAGGAGUAUUACUAGAACCUUUGCAUCGGGGAAAACAGAAAAGGUGAUCUUUCAAGCACUCAAGGAGUUAGGUCUUCCCAGUGGAAAGAAUGAUGAAAUCGAGCCUGCAGCAUUUACUUAUGAAAAGUUCUAUGAACUGACACAAAAGAUUUGUCCUCGAACAGAUAUAGAGGAUCUUUUUAAAAAAAUCAAUGGAGACAAAACUGAUUAUUUAACGGUAGACCAAUUAGUGAGCUUUCUAAAUGAACAUCAGCGAGACCCUCGACUGAAUGAAAUUUUGUUCCCAUUUUAUGAUGCUAAAAGGGCAAUGCAGAUCAUCGAGAUGUAUGAGCCUGAUGAAGAUUUGAAGAAAAAAGGCCUCAUAUCAAGCGAUGGGUUUUGCAGAUAUCUGAUGUCAGAUGAAAAUGCCCCUGUCUUCCUGGAUCGUUUAGAACUUUACCAAGAAAUGGACCAUCCUCUGGCCCACUACUUCAUCAGUUCUUCCCAUAACACCUAUCUCACUGGCCGACAGUUUGGUGGAAAGUCUUCCGUAGAAAUGUACAGACAGGUUCUCCUGGCUGGUUGCAGGUGUGUUGAACUUGACUGUUGGGAUGGAAAAGGUGAAGACCAGGAACCAAUAAUAACUCAUGGAAAAGCAAUGUGUACGGAUAUCCUUUUUAAGGAUGUUAUUCAAGCCAUCAAGGAAACUGCGUUUGUCACAUCCGAAUAUCCUGUAAUUCUCUCCUUUGAAAAUCACUGCAGCAAAUAUCAACAGUACAAGAUGUCCAAAUAUUGCGAAGAUCUAUUUGGGGAUCUCCUGUUGAAACAAGCACUUGAAUCACAUCCACUCGAACCAGGCAGGCCCUUACCAUCCCCCAAUGACCUCAAAAGAAAAAUACUCAUCAAAAAUAAACGGCUGAAACCUGAGGUCGAAAAAAAACAGCUUGAAGCUUUGAAAAGCAUGAUGGAAGCUGGAGAAUCUGCUGCCCCGGUUAACAUCUUAGAGGAUGAUAAUGAAGAGGAAAUAGAGAGUGCUGACCAAGAGGAGGAAGCUCACCCUGAAUACAAAUUUGGAAGUGAACUUUCUGCUGAUGACUUGGGUCACAAGGAGGCUGUUGCAAAUAGUGUCAAGAAGGCUUCAGAUGACCUUGAACAUGAAAUCAACAAAAAGGGCCUGGUUACUGUAGAAGAUGAACAGGCAUGGAUGGCAUCUUAUAAAUAUGUAGGUGCUACCACUAAUAUCCAUCCAUAUUUGUCUACAAUGAUCAACUAUGCACAGCCCGUAAAAUUUCAAGGUUUCCAUGUGGCUGAAGAGCGCAAUAUUCAUUAUAACAUGUCUUCUUUUAAUGAGUCCGUUGGUCUAGGCUACUUGAAGACACACGCGAUUGAAUUUGUGAAUUACAACAAACGGCAAAUGAGCCGCAUUUACCCCAAGGGAGGCCGGGUCGAUUCCAGUAAUUACAUGCCUCAGAUUUUCUGGAACGCUGGCUGCCAGAUGGUUUCGCUCAACUAUCAGACCCCAGAUUUAGCGAUGCAAUUGAAUCAGGGAAAAUUUGAGUAUAAUGGAUCAUGCGGGUACCUUCUCAAACCAGAUUUCAUGAGACGGCCCGAUCGAACAUUUGAUCCCUUCUCUGAAACUCCUGUCGACGGUGUUAUUGCAGCCACUUGCUCAGUGCAGGUCAUAUCAGGUCAGUUUUUAUCAGAUAAGAAAAUUGGUACAUAUGUAGAAGUGGAUAUGUAUGGUUUACCCACUGACACCAUACGUAAGGAAUUCCGAACUCGCAUGGUGAUGAACAAUGGACUCAAUCCAGUUUACAAUGAAGAAUCAUUUGUGUUUCGGAAGGUGAUCCUCCCUGACCUGGCAGUCUUGAGAAUAGCUGUGUAUGACGACAACAAUAGACUGAUAGGCCAGAGGAUUCUUCCGCUGGAUGGCCUCCAAGCAGGUUAUCGACACAUUUCUCUUCGAAAUGAGGGAAAUAAACCAUUAUCACUGCCAACAAUUUUCUGCAAUAUUGUUCUUAAAACAUAUGUGCCUGAUGGAUUUGGAGAUAUUGUGGAUGCUUUAUCAGAUCCAAAGAAAUUUCUUUCCAUUACGGAGAAGAGAGCAGACCAAAUGAGAGCUAUGGGCAUUGAAACUAGUGACAUAGCAGAUGUGCCCAGUGAUACUUCUAAGAAUGACAAGAAAGGAAAGGCCAACACUGCCAAAGCAAACGUGACCCCGCAGAGCAGCUCUGAGCUCAGACCAACCACCACGGCGGCCCUGGGGUCUGGAGUGGAAGCCAAGAAAGGUAUCGAACUUAUCCCUCAAGUGAGGAUAGAAGAUUUAAAGCAGAUGAAGGCUUACUUGAAGCAUUUAAAGAAACAACAGAAGGAGCUAAAUUCUUUAAAGAAGAAACAUGCUAAGGAGCACAGCACCAUGCAGAAGCUGCAUUGCACACAAGUUGACAAAAUUGUGGCACAGUAUGACAAAGAGAAGUCGACGCAUGAGAAAAUCCUAGAGAAGGCAAUGAAGAAGAAGGGGGGAAGUAAUUGUCUCGAAAUGAAAAAAGAAACAGAAAUUAAAAUUCAGACACUGACAUCAGAUCACAAAUCUAAGGUCAAAGAGAUAGUGGCCCAGCACACAAAGGAGUGGUCAGAAAUGAUUAACACCCACAGUGCUGAGGAGCAAGAAAUCCGGGACCUGCACCUCAGCCAGCAGUGCGAGCUCCUGAGAAAGCUACUGAUCACCGCCCACGAGCAGCAAACCCAGCAGCUAAAACUGUCCCAUGACAGGGAAAGCAAGGAAAUGCGAGCACACCAAGCUAAGAUUUCUAUGGAAAAUAGCAAAGCCAUCAGCCAAGAUAAAUCUAUCAAGAAUAAAGCAGAACGGGAAAGGAGAGUCAGGGAGUUAAAUAGCAGCAACACCAAAAAGUUUCUGGAAGAAAGAAAGAGACUCGCCAUGAAACAGUCCAAAGAAAUGGAUCAGUUGAAAAAAGUCCAGCUUGAACACCUGGAGUUCCUAGAGAAACAGAAUGAGCAGCUAUUGAAAUCCUGCCAUGCAGUGUCCCAAACGCAAGGCGAAGGAGAUGCAGCAGAUGGUGAAGUUGGAAGCCGAGAUGGACCGCAGACCAGCAACAGUAGUGUGAAACUCCAGAACGCAAACUGAAGCCCCAAAACCACACAGCAUCAAAAGAUCACCCCCAAGCUUCCCAACACAGAGUUCACGCAAGAAGGCUGCUGUCUGUGGGUUUCCUUUAUGCCCAGCCAAGAUGUUACCUGAAACCACCGAGACUUACAUAUUUCUAUUUAACAUUUUGAGUAUUGGAUCUCCUUGGCCAACCAUAAGUAGCUCCCAACCCACCCAAAUUACUAGCCCAAUAAGGCAGAGUUUCACCCUUGAUAUUACAACUUAAACAUGUUUGCUAUAAAAUACCAUCACAAGUGAAUGAGCUUGGUGUCCACAACUCUGCUCUGUGAUGCAUUAGGACAUGUUUGAGCUGCAGCAAAAAUAGUGCAUUAGCGAUUGAAUAUCAAGUGCAUGCACUAGGGGGAAAAAAACCAACUCUGUCUACAAAUUCAUCAGCAGAAGUGGCAGUCUGCUAGACAAAUUUCGCAGAAUUUUUCUACAUCUGAGUUACCUCAUCAGUAAGUGCCAUGUCUCUGCCAUGCCGUAAGAAGCUAAGUUCCUGUAAAAGUUGUGGAAAUUAUUAGAAUAAAAAACAGUAGAACAGUGUACCUGUGCCAAAACUCAUCAGUGCUCAAGGGAGAACUCUGUUAGGCACAUGUUAAGAAAGUUUACAUCUGAUAUUGCUUUAUAGGAAUUGCUUCUGCCGAUUCCAGACAUUAUAAUACACUAUUACACCAUAAAGAUUGUGAAGUGGUAAUUGGCAAACGUUUGUAAAUGUGACCAUGUAUAAAAUAUUUAUACUCCUACUUCACACUGUUAGAGCAGAAUCAUCUACGUAUUGCCACAUGAUGAGAUUAGUAAACAGGAAUACCAGAACUAUGUUUGCAUGAUACACAAGCACCAGUUAAGACUAAUCCAUACAGAUACAGUUAACCUAAUGCCAAAUAAAUACUGGUUUAAUAAAAUGUAUGGCACAGAAUAUAAUUUGACUAUGAAGACUUUUAGCAUAAUGAAAAAGUCUAUAUAUAUGUGUAUAUGAAUAUGUGGGCAUUCUUGAUACUUCAAGUUCUAGUUUCAAAAAAAUACAUAACUAAUUUAAUUUUACACAAAAAUAUUUAUGCAGAUUUUCAGAAUUUCAUAUCAGGAAAUAACCUUUUUACGUCUGUUAAAUAUCAAAACAAUUUGCUACAGUGUUAAUCUGCAUGGUCUUUAAGCCUGCCAUAGUUGUGUUGCAGACAGUGCAUGAAAAAGUAUUCUGUGGGGAAUCAAGCCAUGCCGCCCAAGCCGGGAGGAGCGCAUGGAAACUUGGUAGUCUAGAACUAAUCAGAUUACUGAUUUUAGGACACAAAACACCAACUGAAUUGUUGUAUAUGCUUGUACAAAUUGAUUCUGUGUGUUCCCCUGAACAAAGCAGAGAAAACGAUGUUACCAUCACUAUUGAAAUUAAACUUCCAACUUCUCUAAUAAAAAAUGAAAACACA